AGCUGGAGCCGGCCGGCCCCACAGGCGACCAAUCGGGCGCUCCAGCGAAAGAGCCCGGCGCGGCGCGGCGCGGCGCUCGCGGCGGACCGCCAGUGUGCCGCCGGACCGGCGCGGCGGCGUGUGCCGAGCUGUGACUGCGCGCCCCGCCACCGCUAGGAGAAUGGCUAGCGAGCAGGUGCGCCGGUGUCUGCAGGCGGCCGGCGACCUGCGCGCCAACGACAUCGUCCGCUUCGUGCGUCGCCGGCUCCACCUGGCCGCGCGCAGUCCGGUCCUCUGUCUGUGCGGCGCCUUCUUCGUGCUGAUGACGCUGAUGCCGGCGCCGAUGCCGCACCAGGCUUCCGAAUCACUCUCCAGAACCGCACGGAGCGCGGACGACCCACCCGAGGACGUAACCUGGGACCGGCUGCCGCUGGUGCCGGCCUCCGCUGACGACGAGGACCAGCUCAUCGAGUGCACCGACGACGAAGAUGAGGAGCUGGAGCUACCGCAGAAGCUGAGUGAAGAGUCCAAGUGUAAGGUUCAUCUUUUGUUAUUUGGUAGUUCAAGACUAGGUAAUUUAAUGAUUAAGUACAGUGUCUUGUACGCGCUACGAGAUAAAUACAAUAUCAAUGUAUUUACAACAAGCGAACAAGCAAGUAGUUUGAAUAAAUACUUUCACAAUCUUACCAUCGGACCACCACCAAAGGAGUACAAGAAGGCCAAGUGGCACUUCACCUGGUUCCGGAACCUCGAGGUGCUGCUGCCGUGCCCAACCAGCAUAGGCAAACGGUUCCCGUGCUUCCGGGAUCGGCCUGACGAGCACUGUAUCGUGGUGGCCGAUUGGCCACCUGGGAAUGGAUUUCCUGUCUUUUCGCCAUAUUUACCUCGUCUGGCAAGAGAGGAAUUCAUUUUUCCACAAACACUGCAGAAUGAAGUGCAGGAUUACCUGAGGAAGGCGUCCGGCCGCCGCAAGGACCCUGUGUUUAUCGGCGUACAUGUCCGAGGCACCGACCAGAACGUCGACUUUGUGAACAACUACCACCGCGACCUGCCGUCGCUGCAGUACUUCGCCACCGCGAUGGCCUACUACCGAACCAUGUACAAGAAGGUCGUCUUCAUCGUGGCCACCGAUGAGCCCAAGUUCGCCAUGCGCAGCGUCCCCAACAAAUUCGGAGACGUCUACUACACAAGUCACAAGCAGGAUGUGUCGAAUCCGAUCGCAUUCGACAUGGCCGCCAUCAGUCUCUGCAACCACACCAUCAUCUCGGUGGGCACGUUCAGCUUCUGGGGCUCCUACCUCAGCGGUGGAAUGGUGGUGGCGCCGUCCCGCUACCAGGGAGACGAUCCGGGCAGGUACGACCUCGAGAUCAAGCACUGGGACCGCCAGCAGGAGUGGUUCUCCUGGAGCUGAUGGUCGAGGAGCGGCUCGGCUCGGAGAGCCGGUGUGCUCUGUGCUGGGAUCUGUGUUCCUCCUGGAGCUGGCCAGGACCCCUCAGGGGGACAGUGACGGUGCCGUGCGGCGGACUCUGAGCGACAUUGCGCGCCGCGCGCAGUACAGUGGGUAGGAGAGGAGAAAAGAGGCCAGAGGAGACCUCUGAACACCCGGUCGGCGACCUGCGGAUUGUGACUGGUCGUGCGCGCCCACUGAUAGAAAGAGGAAAAGGACGAACGCUCGGGUGCCUGAUGCGUCACAAUAUGAGAGCGCUUUCUCGUGACUGCCAAUAUCGUGGACGUUUGUGACCUCGAGCAUGAACGCUAAGAGCGGCCUGCUGGGUGGAGUGCAAGAUGUUUGAGGUACAUUGUUUUGAGUGAUACAUGUUCACAUGAAAUGCUAUAUUCCUUGUUGUAGCAUAAACCGUGCACCAUGGACUGUAUGCUGUUCCAUCGUCUGUGAGACAGCGCGGCUGCCGCAAUGUGUGGUGUGUGCACACAUGGGUAGCGUUGUUUGUGAUGAGCUCCUCCGCGGUGAUAGUCGAUUGUUGGUUAAUUUCGCUGCGCUAGGGGUAUCGAAGAUGCACUUAGCAGCCGGCAAGUAUUGUGCUGAACUACAUAGGGUAACGUCGAAACUAUUGACAUUUUAAACUCAGGGUUCAACAUCCAACACAACACAGGCAUUCGUUCGAGAGUUUCGUAUCGUCAUGGCUACAAGUAUGUUUUCAUAGGCGUGCAAUCAGCAUCGUAUGUUACACCAUGUGGCGUUGUCUGAAAACACGAGGGAAAUUAUGUACUGUUAUAAAUCCUGAUGCAUGAUUGAUGUAUUUUUACCAAAUACUCAUGUUAAUCACAGGCGCCCGUUAGACAGGAUCAGGUGUCUAACUAUCCGCCGUUCGGCCCGCGGGUGGAGCGUGAAUCCGCGGGUCUGACGCUAGGCCGUGCGUUGGCUCGCGCUGUGAUAGGUCGCCCGCGGGCGCCACACGCUCAGUCGCGUCUUAUCGCCGAUCGGCAGCUCUAUAAGUACUCAACUGACCCACACCCGGUCGUCUGGUGGGUGAGGGCCGACCCGUGCUGCUCUCCUGUGUCUGAACCGGCGCCCGCUCGCAGCCGUCUGUGAAUGCAUGCUUUGCAGCGGAUUCUGUUUGAACCGCUGACGUGGUGAAGAGCCACUUAUAUGAAGACAAAUACAUAUACCACGAGAAUCGA